AUGCCAUUCAACGUCAUCUGCUUCGUUAUGACCACCGUGUCUCUAUGUUUCGGUCCAAUUCACAGCUUUUCAACGAAAAUAUUGAUUCCGGUCAACUCGGCUUUGCCAAGUUCAUCGCUCACAAGGAAGUUAUUCCGCGUCUUUCUUUUGAUACUGUUGGCGCUGGCAUUCUAUGCACAAUACCGAGAAAUGAGCCUCCACGAGAUUCGAAGAAACAUCGAGCAGUUCUUCGAAAAGAUGAACAGCGUCUAG